AUGGCCCAACCACAAACGCAGGCGGGCUCCGCGAAUGGCACCUCUAAUGGAGAACGCCAAGAUCCAGGAGGAUUUAAACUCAAAUUCUGUACGGUUUGUGCAAGCAACCAGAACAGAUCUAUGGAAUCGCAUCUGCGUCUUGCAGCCGCAAAUUACCCAGUCAUCUCGUUCGGCACAGGAUCUCUAGUCCGACUUCCAGGCCCUUCCAUUGACAAGCCAAACGUGUACCAAUUCAACAAGACCUCAUACGACAGUAUGUACAAAGAACUUGAGUCGAAGGACCCGCGGCUGUAUCGGGCGAAUGGUUUAUUAAACAUGCUUGAGCGAAACAGAGGUGUGAAAUGGGGACCAGAGAGGUGGCAGGACUGGCAGAUUGGUGCUCCCAGACUUCAACACAACGCAGACCGCGGUUCGGAAGGUUUGGAAGGAGGGGUGCCGGACGUAGUUAUUACAUGCGAGGAGAGGUGUUGGGAUGCGGUCAUUGACAAUCUACUGGAACGGGGUUCGCCCUUGAAUCGCCCUGUCCAUGUUAUCAAUGUCGAUAUCAAGGACAAUCAUGAGGAGGCUCUGAUAGGUGGAAGAGGAAUUCUGGAUCUGGCAGACUCUUUGAAUAAAGCAGCGACAGAGGAACGAGAAGCCAAUCCAUCAGGGUUUGAUAGUGGAAUUGCUGGUAGUCGAGCCGGGUUUGAUGAGCGAGUUCCGGAGAUUAUUGGUGAAUGGCAAGAGAGAUGGCCCAAUCUUCCAAGUGUAUGGACACUUGGUUGGUUUUGA